CCUAUCUCUACACGUGUUUACAAGUUUCUAGUUUAGGAGAAUAUAACAUUUAUUAUUGAUUUUUAAAUAAAUUAUUUGAUUUUGAACCAAUAUGAAUGGAUUAUCAUUGAGAAUAGUUCGUGGUGGUAUUAAAAAAUCUAAGAAUCUAAUUGGAUUCCCUCCAGUACACGUAGGAAAUUCUUCGUUGAAUAUACAAGGAGAAAACCAAGUUUUUGAGUCAUUUAUCAAUGCAUCCAGUACUGAUGAGCAAUUAACAAUAUUAAAGAAAAUACUGCUUGAAAACGCAAACAAUCUUAACGGACAAUUAUUUGACUUCUUGGCUAUAGUAUUCCUACUUGCCGAGGUUAAGCAUCCUGUCAAAUGUUUUAUUACAAGGCAUAUCACAAAAACAGGUCACCUACAAAACCCUUUCUCUGCAGCCUUAGCCGACCUUAUAAAGUCAUGUAGUGUCCAAAAACCUACCUCGUAUGUGGAAUACCUGGAUGUGGUCUCCAAAUUAUGCGCUUGCCUGGAGAACUUCCCUGCCGGAGCCACAGCUUUGAGGAUAGCUUGUGUUGAACUGGCUGGGUAUUUAGUGCCAUGUUUGGAGUGCUGUAUGAAUGCUCUGAAUGAACAAACACGUUUAUCCCCGACUGAGAAGAACGAAGUAUUCAAUCUCGCUCAUCUGGCACUAAGAUUACUCUUGCACAUAGUACAGAAAGGAGGGAACGAUGGUAAACUAGACUUUAUAUACAAUGACACAAAGUCGUUUAUAAAACAGCUAAUUUUUCACGAAGAUGUUCCUAUGGAUACUAAGUCUUUGUCUGGGAUCUUGUUUUUGACCUUGUAUAUUGUGGAACGUGGGCCAGACUCUUGGGUUGAUAUAUUUAAAGAACAUUCAGAGUUCACCAACCUCCUCAACAAUGCCGCGGGCGCUCUGUCGCUAUACUCGGCCGUGGUGACCGUCAUCGAGGAGGAACGUCUCCUCAAGUACACCGUGUGCGGGAAACCAGCUGUCCUGGUGCUCACUGAGAGGCUGACAGACAUCGGGGAGAGGAACUCCCACGACGCCCCGUUCACCCUGGGCGUGACCCGAGCCCUGGUCGCGGUCAGCAAGGGGCGGCGCGGGGAGCCGGCCGGCGCGCUGCUGCGGCUGGCGUGGCCGCUGCUGCAGCACCACCUGGACAGCGUGCGGCACCUGGCGAGGACCAUGCUGGAGAACGGCGUGCGGUACUGCGUGGACAGCCGGAGGGAAGGAAAUCCAGAACCACUUAACAACUUGUUGGCAGCAGUGUCGUCCCUGGACAAACGCCAGAAAAGCUACUACGUGGCCCUCACUCUUUUGGUUCAAUCCUUGGGCGCUGAGGAACUAACCCGCCGGUUUCUCGGGGUGGCAGACCAGCUCAUAGCGGCUUUGGGACAUCAAGCCGUUCAAGCUAGCGCGACACUGGCCCUCGAAACUAUAAUGCAACAGCACAUAAAAGAAACCGACCCUGAAACUAUUUACAAGUCCUGGAUCCUGCCGAUACUGCAGCGCGUGAGCGGCGGCGAGGCCGACUGCACCGUGCUCAACUUGUUGCACAACUUGUUGUCGCGAGCUGUAGCUGUGGACGGAUUGUUGCAGCAUAUCCUACCGCACAUCCAAGGGUGUACACCCAACGCAUCAUCGUCGGAGUUACAAUGCGUGCUGACAUUACUGCUGGCGGUGAAGAAGUCGCGGGUCGCGCUGGAGUCUCGCACGGGAACGAAACGCGGACUUCUACAUUAUGAUGUGUUGACACGAGCGCACACCGAUGUCAAUGAUCAAACCCGAAUCCUGGCCCUGUCUCUCAUAGCGGAGUCCCCGAAAUCAACCGAGUGGCUGGAGCGGGAGGAAUUGUGGUUAGUGCUGCUGCAGCUGCGGCAUGAAGCUCGCGCUGCGCCCGCGCACCGCCAGCGGCUGCAGGCGCCGCUGCGGAAGUUCAUGAAACGCCUAGAAGACAGCUACAGAGUUAUAAAGAAGCACAAAGAAGAAUGCCACAGAACAGAGUACUACAAGAAUUUCGUAGAAGAAUUACGCGAACUGUGCUAUAGUAACUUGCUGGUCGGUGCGAACUAUAGCAGGAGAUCACUGUCCUUGCAAAUUUUGAAAUGGACCGAAUAUAUGGAUCUGGCGGGAUAUGAAAGGCGUUGGUGUUCUCAGUACGUGGAAAGGUUACUGCUUCAUUUGGAAGACAGUUACGAGGUCAACAAGGCCUUGGCACUGGAUAUAUUGCGGCGAUGCCCGAUCCAAUUGUUGCAGAACGGAAAUUAUUCUGUCAGCCUGAACGUUGAAGAUAUCUUGAAGGAGGCGUCGUCUAUGAAGCCAACAGACUGCAUGUCCGCCGCGUACAAGCUGGAGCUGUUGAGAACAACAUUACCUGAUAAUAUCCUAAACGGGAGACAAUGCACAGCAUCCGAGCCCGCGUCUCACGAGCUAGCUCGUAUACUCCUUCUUCGCUUGCAUUCAGAGCUUGACAUUGCCCAGAAGAGUAUAGUGAAGGCCGCCAGGGAUGGUCCAAUGUAUGGCCUGUUGCAUUGUAUCAGGCAUCUGAUGAGGAAUAUCGAUACCGAAGCCAUAUCGGACUGUUCGCUCUGGCGUCAAGUGGUGACCGACACCAUCGAGGUUAGUGUGUGCGCGUGCGCCGCCGCGGCGGGGGUGGUCAACAACUCCUCGCCAGAGGGUCACCUGCCCAUGGACGGAGGUCAGAUCGGGGUCGGCGACCAUGGGAACUCGGGCGGCAUAGUUUUGGAGGACGGCCGCCCCGUCACAGCGCAAAUGGUUUUGCUCUGCGCAUGGAGAUCUGUUAAAGAGGUUUCCCUCCUCCUGGGCACGUUGUCGUCCCGCCUCCAGAUCUGUCCCCCAGGGGACCCAGCGCCCAGCUGUGGGUCAAUAUCAUGCGGCCAGCUCACCGCUAUUGGCGACCACUUCACCACACUAUUAGCCCAUACGAAGCACAGGGGCGCCUUUGAACAGGCAUAUGUGGGGUUCACUGAGUUAUUGGCGAGGUUAUGGCGCAGUCGGUACCCGGAGCUCCACAACCUGCCCCAGAAGUGGCUGUCGGAGCUGAUAUCCAGCAUCGAGGCUGGAGACAGGAAGGACGCCACCAGGAGGAGCGCCGGCCUGCCUUUCAUGAUACAGGCGUUAGUCACAACCGAAGUGCAAGUCCGAGGCAAUCCGAAGUGCUUCCACCGGUGCAUGGGCACCCUGCUGCGGCUAGCUGGCCCGCAGUCUUACCGUCACGAGACCCGCGACCCGGACACAGCUAUACACUGCCUGAACGUCCUGCGGGCUCUGUACAGGAACUCCGCGCUGGACGACAGCGUGGCUAGUUAUGUCGGGGACGGGUUUGUGGUGGCUUUGAACGGGUUCGAGGGGGACACUUGGGCGAUAAGGAACGCCAGCACGCUGAUGUUCAGCGCGCUGAUGUCAAGGGUGUUCGGUCCGGCGCACGGUCACCGCGACCAGAUGACCGGCAGGAUAUUCUUCCUCAGAUACCCUCGACUUUACGACUUUAUGAUGGAAAAACUGUCACCAUCCGAGUCCACGGUGCGGCCGACGCUGUUCCCCGUGCUGGUGCUGCUGUCCCGCCUGUGCCCGUCUUCGCUGGAGGGCUCCGAGUCGGCGCUGCGGCUGUCGGCGCUGCUGCGGCGCGCGGCGGCCGCGGCGCGGAGCCCCGUGGGCCGCGCCCGGGCUCUGGCGGCCAGGGCGGCGGUGCCCCUGGUCACGCCGGUCGUAUAUUACAACCACAUAGAAGCCCUCCUAACAUCGAUCCAAGAACCCACUACCCACAACUACACCCACGGGGUCCUAUUACAACUCACUAGGCUAUUAGAAGCUAACCCCGACAAUGUAACGAUGCAAAACGAGGAGGCUCUGUCAGAGAAACUGUUUGCCGCGACGUGGGUGCUGACUCAAGCGAAUGGCAAUCUUCCGAAUUAUGUAUUGGCUGAUGAGUUUUUGAAAGUCUUCAAUUUGGUUAUGUGGAGAUUGCCUACCCUAAUAACACCGGAAAUAAUAAGCACAACGACAAAUGCUCUAGAAUCUCUGCUCUUCAAUACAAAAUCAUUCCCUAUAACAUUUGGCAGAGAGAUAUGCCUUUCAAAUGCAAUGUACUCGCUUAUUAUCAUAUCGACCAAGUACAAACAAAGAGACAUAACAACAAUCAUAUGUAACAACUCGAUUCAUCAAAAUUACGAUGUCACUUUAGCCGUGUUAAACUAUUUAUUAAUAUUACACGACAAUUUGCAUGUCGAGUGCAAAUUUCAAGAACAUUUGCAAACAUUAAAAGAUGAAGAUGUUUUGUCAAAAUUGAGGGUAGAACCGAAAUAUAUACCGACCUUGUGUGGAAUAUUCGAGAACAGUAAAUACUUGGAGUGUGUACAGAAGUCUUUGAAAAUAUUAAGUCUAGAAAGGCACACGCAGAAGUGUAUAUUGAGAAUAAAGACAGGUAUUGAAGAUUUAUCCGAUGAAAUUACAGUGAGGAAGUUAUUUGAUUUGGUCGAAAAUGAACAUGAGAAUUUGACACAUAUUUACUUGGAGUGUUUGUCCACGUUUGUUAGUGAGAAAUUAAGGGAAAAUAAGAUGAGUAUGGAGUUAAUUUUGGAUGUGGUAAGGGUGUUUUUCGCGUGCUGCACCCCGGAUAAUGGAGAAGAAGUGAGAAAGGUUGUUGUCAAUUUUUUGGCGGGAAACUUUGAUGUGUUGGUCAAAAUGGCGGAUGGUUGGAGUGAAGAAAAUGAAUUCGAAUACAAAGCCACACUAUGGUCCACCACGGUCGCUCUCCUAGAAGACGACGACACAUAUAUUCGGCAGCGAAUCAGCUCCGCACUAUCCGUAUACCUUGAUCUACCGGCCACUGUACCGACCCGAGUCGCGAUGUUGCUGAGAACAUCUCUCGCGAAGUGUGAAGGGUCGGUUGACCGCGUGGCGUUGAUGGUUGUAUUAGCGUUGUUGGAUUUUAAAUCGGAAGUGUGUAUGACCGAUGAAAUUAAUGAUGAGUGUCGCGUUUUCGACCAAAACGAGCGCCACAACAUUAUUCUAGAAGAAACAGUGUGGACCGAUGACUGUGCGGAGAGAAUAAGACACAUUCAUAAGAAAAACACUUUGAAUUACGUAUUGGAUAUAUGUGACAACCCGACAUACAAACAUACAAUCGACAAAUUGUGCAACAAUAAUGUUGUAAUGUUCAAAAAGUUAGCCGCAGGUGAUGGAGUAUCAAAAUCCGCUGCCUUGAAUCCUAAAAUUGAAUUAUUUAUUAAGAAGUUGACUUUAUAAUAAUGAUUGAGAAACUA